ACAAAGCAGCUAGCUACUUCCUGUGUAGACUGCUAGCCAGUUCACAUCCAGACGGCCGCAGCGACUGCGACUGCUGUGUCAUCCAAGAUGCUGGCCCUCAUUAACAGGCUUUUGGACUGGUUCAGGUCCCUCUUCUGGAAAGAGGAGAUGGAGCUUACAUUAGUGGGACUUCAGUACUCCGGAAAAACCACAUUCGUCAAUGUGAUUGCAUCAGGCCAGUUCAGUGAAGACAUGAUUCCCACAGUCGGUUUCAACAUGCGGAAGGUCACUAAAGGCAAUGUGACAAUAAAGAUAUGGGACAUAGGUGGACAGCCCCGCUUCAGAAGCAUGUGGGAACGCUACUGUAGAGGAGUCAAUGCAAUUGUUUACAUGGUGGAUGCAGCAGACCGAGAGAAGAUAGAAGCUUCCAGAAACGAACUGCACAACCUUUUAGACAAACCACAACUACAGGGAAUUCCUGUUCUAGUACUGGGCAACAAACGAGACCUACCCAACGCCCUUGAUGAGAAGCAACUCAUUGAAAAAAUGAACCUAUCUGCUAUUCAGGACCGAGAGAUCUGCUGCUACUCUGUCUCCUGCAAAGAGAAAGACAACAUAGAUAUCACGCUGCAGUGGCUCAUCCAGCAUUCAAAGUCCAGGAGAAGCUGAAAGUGAAACCCUCCGCAGUCGCAGCUCUGGCCUCAGCCCUCUAAUGGUCAUGGGUCCUCGACAGUCAUCCCUUCCACUGCCUCCGUGAAAUAAUUCAGCUCUCUCUCUCUCUCUCUCUCUGCUCACUACUGUCACCACCUGCACCACCCAGUACACUACCAUAGAUGCGUAGCCCCUGUACAGCACUAUUGCCACCCCAACUAUCUGGAGUCUUGAAAAGUUGUCUCAGUACUGUGCUAGAAGGUGGAUUGUCCACACCCAUCAUGCCUUAUCGCCUGUCAUUACAGACAUGCUCUGUGUGUGUGUGUGUGUGUGUGUGUGUGUGUGUGUGUGUGUGUGUGUGUGUGUGUGUGUGUGUGUGUGUGUGUGUGUGUGUGUGUGUGUGUGUGCGCGCAUUAUGGAGUUUUUUUUGUUGUUGUUGUUUUUUUUUAAUGGCUUCUGUUUCCUUCGACACAGGAAUCUAAUGAUGUUGCAGUGUACUGUUCCCCGACUAGGAUGGAGCUCCUCUUAUCCCACAAUCAAACAUCCGUUUUGUUGCCUGUCAACAUUUGGUGUUUACGUGACAUCGUGUGAAUGUAGUUUUUAACAGUUAAUUGCCAAAUGAUUAUGGUUGCUUGCGCUAAUGCCUUCAAUUCCUUAUAAACCCUUAGCAACGUAGCCUGCAUUUUAUUUGCUGGCAUAUGAAACUAUCUAUUUAAUCAAGCGACUUAAAGUUUACACAUAACAUAAAGAUCAAUAGAAGCAAAGACUGUGAAUGGUUGUUGUGUCUGAGGCAAAAAUCCUAAGAUAGGUCAGCAGAUUUUUAAGUGCCUUUGGCUAAGUGAGUCUCCCAAUCAGACAGUUAUUGCCCAAUGCAACUUCUAACCCAUUAUAAAAAAAACAAAAAAACACUUGGUACAGACACAGCAUAGAUCCCUUGAUUACACUUAAAACCACCUCUAGACAAUCUCAUUUUAUGUUUUCUAAUCAUAUAAACACAUCAUGAUGUCUGAGAAAAGACAGCACUGUUCUAACAAUGAAAAAUGAGGAACGAUGUAAUGGAUGACAGGGAUGUGAGAUGAAUAAGACAAUGUUAUUUUGAUUUUUUUUUUUUUUGGUUGAUGGGCAAAAUUUGAAUGCUGUUUGACUUGUAGCCUGUGACUCUUAUAUAGGUUGAAAUGUGGGCUGACUUUUGCUUGCAGUUCUCAGGUUGUUAUUGGAAUUUUAUUUAUUUUUUUUUUUUUCCAAAUUCUUUUUAAGAUGUCUGAACAUAGCAUGGGUGUGCCGAAGUAUCUGUCUCAUAAUCCCAAUGUUGUUCGGGUUGGAUAACCGAAAGCCAGCGUUAGUCAUGAUGACUGAGAUGAUGGAGAGCAGAAGACAGUCCAUUAGUUCCAAGCGUCGGAUGCUUGAUGUCAUCCAUGCCUUGCCACACCCUUGUCUGAAUCCUGAGGUCUUCCUGUAGAAGCCUUAGCAGUCCGAGGACAACGCUGGCUCCUCUAAAAGCGACGUAGUGAUUGACUCGUCAUUUCCUUUCAGCGACAAGACAAUGAUUUCUCCCAGGUUAGACCACUGUAUAUUAUUCUGCCCCUUGCUUGGCCAGUGCAUCUUGAUCUGUUAAUUUCUUUUUGUGUGUGUGUCACCAGAUCGGGGUGAAUUAUCCCUUCUGCUACAAUACUAUAUGUAGGCCUACAUGGCUCCUGCAUUUCACUGUAACGUAUGUUCUACAAAUCCAUCGCACACACUCUCUUAUCUCAUAUGUUGUGCUGUGUCUGUUGGUGUUCGUUGUAAUCCUAAAUGUCGAUUGUUGGGACCACAGCAGCAGUGAGGGGCUGUAUAAUUGGGUGACUGUGUGGGUAAUUUGGGGAAAGCUUUGUUACUUGUGUAAUAAUAUAGCCUAUUUGCAAUUUGUAUGUGCAUGUGCUGAAACUUAUUCACAUUCAAUUGCAGACUUUGUAAAUAAGAAGUUAGCAUUUUUAUUCCAACAAAUGCCCCUGUAGAUGUAAUGCAUUCUUUUCCUGUGAUUGCUAAUAAAUUUGUUUUUAUUUUUA